AACAUCAAAACCCACAUUGAGAAACGCGGAUGGACGGAACAUUCAGCCCGACGGGCUUUGGCUUUUGCGGCGCGCAAACGCAUCCAAGACGGCACGCACGCAGACCUACCAGUCUUCCUCCAGCAACGCGGUUGGGACGGACCGCACCAGCUACGCAACUACGCGUGCGACUACAAGG